UUGGAUGUGCGCUCUCCUCACUCGCAUCGCGAAACCGCCUCAAAAACUGUUGCGAUGGGGAGGAUCAGGAAAAACCACUUUGGGAUUUUGACUUUUUCCUUACUAGUGACUUUCGUCUGGGCUCAAAGCGUCAAGGAUAUCAAAGAUCCGAGCAAUAUGCCUCUGGUAAAAGAAACAGUGGACAGACUGAUGAAAGGAUACGACAUUCGGUUGAGGCCAGAUUUCGGAGGUGCGCCUGUGGCCGUGGGAAUGAAUAUAGACAUAGCCAGCAUAGACAUGGUCUCUGAAGUCAAUAUGGACUACACCUUGACAAUGUACUUCCAGCAAGCAUGGCGGGACAAACGUCUGUCCUACUCUGAGAUCGCCUACAACCUGACUCUGGAUAACCGAGUGGCGGAUCAGCUGUGGGUCCCCGACACCUAUUUCCUCAAUGACAAGAAGUCUUUUGUUCACGGCGUUACUGUCAAGAACAGGAUGAUACGUCUCCACCCCGAUGGCACAGUGCUUUAUGGACUCAGGAUCACCACAACUGCAGCCUGCAUGAUGGACCUGCGCCGCUACCCUCUGGAUGAGCAAAACUGCACCCUGGAGAUCGAAAGCUAUGGCUACACCACAGAUGAUAUUGAGUUUUACUGGCGAGGUGGAGACGGAGCAGUGUCUGGUGUCGACAGAAUAGAGCUGCCACAGUUCUCUAUUGUCGACUAUAAACUCAUCUCCAAGAACGUGGUCUUCUCUACAGGUUCCUACCCCCGCCUGUCCCUCAGCUUCAAACUGAAGAGGAACAUUGGUUACUUCAUCCUGCAGACAUACAUGCCUUCCAUCCUGAUUACCAUCCUCUCCUGGGUCUCCUUCUGGAUCAACUACGACGCCUCGGCUGCCAGAGUGGCCCUGGGGAUCACUACGGUGCUGACUAUGACCACCAUCAACACCCACUUGCGAGAGACGCUCCCAAAGAUCCCCUACGUGAAGGCUAUUGACAUGUACCUGAUGGGCUGCUUUGUGUUUGUCUUCCUGGCCUUGCUGGAGUACGCCUUCGUCAACUACAUCUUCUUCGGCCAGGGCCCCCAGCGGCAGAAGAAGGCGGCUGAGAAAGCAGCCACAGCCAAUAACGAGAAGCUGAGACCCGACCCCAACAAGUGGCUGGUGGGAAAUGUAGUUCAGAGAGAUGAUGCUCUGUAUGCCAGAAUGAAACAGAGGGAAAUUGACGCAUAUGACUCGAUGUGGGAUCCCAUCUUUGUGGACGAUGCCGCAUUAGGACUAGGCGAGCAAAGAAAUAAGAUGACUCCUGACGACAACAUUCUGUUCAGCACCCUGGAGAUGAAGAAUGAGAUGGGCGGUGCCGGGGAUCUGUCCCGGGGCCUGGGAGCACCUGGAGACCCCCGCAACACUAUGCUGGCCUAUGAUAGCUCGACGCUGCAGUACCGCAGGGCAGCCAUGGCCCGCCAGAACUAUGGCCAUAGCGCCUUGGAGCGCCAUGCCCAGAAGAAGUCGCGCCUACGGAGACGGGCCUCCCAGCUCAAGGUGAACAUCCCAGACCUGUCCGACGUGAACUCUAUCGAUAAGUGGUCCAGGAUGAUCUUCCCCACCGUCUUCUCCUUCUUCAACGUGGUCUACUGGCUCUACUACGUCCAUUAAACCCGGCGGCAUCCGGCGGCCAGCUUG